UAUUCUUGUAGCUUUAUUUUAAACCAGAAAAAAAUGACACGUCCAGUAAUAUACGCAAUAGAAGCGAGUCCAUCAUGCCACGCUGUUCGUUUAACAGCAGCUGCUCUUAAAAUAGAAUUGGAUGUUCGCAUAAUUAGUUUGAAACGAAAAGAUCAUCGCAAAGAAGAAUUUAUUCAGAUGAAUCCAGCGCAUACUGUUCCAACUUUAGUAGAAGAUGGAUUUAUUCUCUGGGACAGUCAUGCCAUUAUGUGUUACUUGUCUAACAAGUACGCUAAAGACGAUUCCUUGUAUCCUAAAGAUCUUCAGUUGCGAGCAAAAGUCGAUCAGUUUUUACAGUUUGAUAAUGGACAUUUGUUCAGCAGUUUCGUAUCAAUCGCUCGACCAAUAUUUUUGUUUGGAGACACUAACGCUCCGGAGGAAAAAAUACAGAAGAUAAAUAAUGCAUACGAUGUGUUAGAAAAGCUACUAGAAGGUAGAAAUUGGUUGGUUGGUGAUUGUUACACUUUGGCUGACAUCAGUUGUGUUUCUACUAUGUCCGCCUACACCGCACUCAGACCACUCGACAAUUACCCAAACAUACAAGCAUGGACGAAGAGAUGCGAAGAAACAAUUCCUGGUUACGCAGAACAAAGUGAACCAGCAAAUAAAAUUACUCACGCCGCUAUUCGUAGGAAUAUGCCUGCCGAUUUAUUUUUUUGA